UAGCCAUUUCAAUAGGCUUAGAAAAUUAGAUUGAGUUUUGAAUUUCAACUGUCGGUUCAUUGCUUACGUUCCAUAUCCUUAGCUUGAAAUGAAGUCAGCUUUAUUACUCGCGAUCAGCGCAAUGCUGUUGGUGCAAUUCGCCCACACAUUGCCUACUACGAGAGUGGCUGUUGUACAUAAUGACAAUCAAAUAUUAGAAUCUAACCCCAAAGAUGUGUCAUCCGAAGAGGAGAGUCCCCAAGCUCAAUUGAUGAUUUAUACCAUUGCCCAAAUAGCUAAACUCUCCAAAUGGAUGUUGGACACUGGUAGUGUAGUGAUCAGAAAUACCAUAAAGGAGCUAAAGGAACUACCAGUUAGGGAUGAACUCUUGCAAGCAAAUAUCACACGCAUGUCGAACAUUGUUAAGGAAAAUGCUGAACUCAAUUUAAAAGAAGAUGAGGGAGCCGUCUUAAAAUUACUGGUAUACAUGGUUGACUUCGCUACAAUGAUGGAGGACUAUGAAAAUAUGCCCGAGGACUCAAAAUUGAAAGAAACAUUGAAGACGGCCUUGCAAAAUAAUGGCUACACCAAGUUCGAAAAUGAUUUCGAACAGAAAGUCAUCGAAAUGGCUAAUGAUUUUGACACAGCAUUUGGUGAAUAUGUGAAGGUGUUGACUCCAGCCCAAAGAGUGGAGCAAGCUAAACUCCUUGUAUGGUAUGAUGAGUUCAAGGCAGAAACCGAUGGGGAGCGGAAGGUUGACAAAUUUGGCGAAAUCUUUGAUAUUAUGUCUUAAUUUAUGAAACAAAAACGGAAAUUUUGAAAAGUAAAAUCAAUAAUUUCAAUA